CAGUCCUCAUCGCCAUUUCAAGAAUCAAUGAAGAAGAAGAUCAAUGAAUACAGCUCCCAUUCCUUUUUCUUCUGCUCCGUACGUUCCCUCUCUUCUCGCCUCUUCUCUGCCUUUCUUUUUCUCUGUUCAUUAUUUCUGUAGGUUUUGCUACUGCCAUUUUGAACUCUCACAGAGUUAGAGAGAGAGAUGAAGCUUAAACAUGCCAAGGAUGAGCAUCCACUGAUCCUCAGUGAAGAGAAGAAUGAUGAUCGCAAAAUUUUUUGCAACGGGUGUGCGCAGCUAAUAUCAGGUUUCACAUAUAGUUGCAGAAUUUGUUCAUUCUUUCUGCACAAAUUUUGUGCGGAAUUACCUGCAGAGAUUAAACAUCCAAUGCACCCACAACACCCGCUUACCCUUCUUUCACGACGGCCUAUUGAACUUUUUGUUAAUCCUUCUAGUGUCCAGCGUAGUCUCUGCUUCAAAUCAUACGUCUAUGGUUGUGAAAUUUGUGGUUUCGACCUCGAAUUGGAUAAUGCUUUGAGAGUACAUAGUAUUCAACACAAAAGUCAUGAACACCCACUGAGUCCCUUGCUCAGCUCGGCCUUGUUCACAUGUGAUGCUUGUGGCACAAAACGUCAAGGCAUUUCUUAUAUGUGUAACACAUGUUCCUUUUGGAUCCAUCAGGACUGUGCUUCAUUACCAACCACAUUCAAACAUGGAGGGCACGGUCAUCGUCUCACCCUUGCUUAUUCUCCUUCAGAUAUAAAUCUCAAAGGACCUCGGGACUGUCGUAUUUGUAAGGAGCAGUUGGAGGAUUAUUACUGGUUUUAUCAUUGUGAAGGAUGCCAAUAUUUUGCUCAUUUGAAUUGCUCAACAAUGACCAUGGACAGAAAAACUGAGAUCGAGGAUGAGGAUCUUGAUGAGGCCAAAUUGAUCCACUUGCCCGUGUCUAAUGAUUCAGUUCAUCUACUUAGCGAAUUUGUCAGGCAAAUCAGCCAUGGGGACAACAACAAAGAAGCAUUUGAUCAAAUUAGUCAUGAAUCAUACAAUCUAAAUGGUCAAUUUGCAAAGCAGGUCAGCCUGGUAGACAAGAGAGAAGUAAAGAUCGAUCAUUUUAGUCAUAACCAUCUAUUAACCCUUUUUGAUGCGCAAAGUAAUGAAGAUUUGUGUUUUAUCGUGAAUAAGAAGAAGAAUGACAAGGUAUGCGAUGUGUGUGUACAACCCAUCUCAGCUCCAUUUUACGGUUGUAGUCUAUGUGAUUUUCUUCUACACAAAUUGUGCGCUGAGCUACCCACGGUGCUGAAGCAUCCAUGUCAUUCACACCAACUCAUCCUCUUCAAAAAGAACCUUGAAGGUUUUGAUAUCUUUAAAUGCAUCGGCUGUAGAAAUAUUUGCAAUGGAUAUACCUUCACAUGUGUCGAGUGCAAAGAUUAUUACCUUGACAUUAAGUGUGCUGCCCUACCAAAGUUCAUAAUGCAUGAAGUUCAUGAACACCCCCUCAAACUAAGGAAGGAUUGUCAAAUUGAAGGUUGUGUUGCAUGUGAUAGAAGUGUUGAGCUAUUCUCAUUUGGAUGCAGCACUUGCAAUUUCAACUUACACUAUACAUGUGCUCUGUUGCCCCGUACAAUUACGCACAGGUAUGACGAACAUCCCUUCAUCCUUACUUAUAACACUAUUGUUAUUGAAGAUGAUCCAGAUGAGUAUAUCUGUGAAUUCUGCGAGGAAGACAUAAAUCCGAAUUUUUGGUUCUAUCAUUGUGUCAAAUGCGACCAUUCUGCUUGUGCCAGAUGCAUUUAUAAGGAGGAAGAGAUAUAUCCAAAUAUCAAUUGGGGGAGCACCUAUAACUUUGAUGGUCACUGUCACCCCCUUACUUUGGUUGUAGUCACCAAUAAGAACACCAUAUGCGACUACUGUGAUGGAGGUUAUCGACAUUUUUAUAAUGGUAUUGGAUUUAAAUGUGUGUUGUGUAACUUUAUGUUCCAUCCAUUUUGUGCUUUUCCCGGCGCAAUCAAGGCUUGAUGCCUAACAAAUUACAAAUAACAUUGACAAUAACCAUUGUUGUUGUUUGAUGCAAUUUAUAGAAUCUAUUUAUAGCUUAUUUUAUUUUGAAA